AUGUAUAAAAAGUAUUAUAAUAAAAGCAAAACCCCGGUACCUUUCGGGGUAAGCGAUUGGGUAUUAUUAAGUACGGCAAAUAUUAAAAUAAAAAGGCCGUUAAAAAAGCUAUCGAACAAAUGGUUAAAACCUUUCCAAGUUUUAAAAAUAAUUGGGUUAACCGGUUUGGCGUUCCGGUUAAAGCUUCCGGUAAAUUACCGAAUAUAUAACGUAUUCCCGGCAAAUUUAUUGCGGGCGUUUAAAAAAAGGCCCGGCGAAAAACCAAAAAAUAAAAAACCAAAAAUCGAAAAAAAAAAAGGAAUUAGCUUCGAAGUAAAAGCUUUGCUAAAAUAUAAAGGGCUUUUGCGGAAACGAAAAUACCUGGUUAAAUGGAUAAAUUACAACAAAUCGGAAAAU